UCUACAAAGCAGAAGUUUCCCAAGAUGUUGCAGGCCUUCAGGUGUGGACUUUCUGGAGGAGUUUUCCGACAAAGAGCCUUGACAAAGCUCACAGUUACCAACUCACUGCUUGGACAUCCCUUGCUUCAGAGUUUACACAUAAAAGUUGGAGACAAAGCUGAACUUAGCAAAGCUUUUACACAGAAUGAUGUUGUUACCUUUUCUGAUUUAACAGGUGACACAAAUCCUUUGCAUUUAAAUGAAGAUUUUGCAAAGAAAUCUAGGUUUGGGAGAACUAUUGUACAUGGAGUUUUGAUCAAUGGACUCAUUUCUGCAGUUCUGGGUACUAAAAUGCCCGGCCAAGGCUGUAUAUUUCUGUCUCAGGAGAUCCGGUUUCCAGCUCCUCUGUAUACUGGUGAAGAAGUUGUAGCUGCAGCAGAAGUUAAACGACUCAAGGGUUCUGUUGCUCACAUUUCAGUAUCAUGUAAAGUCAAAGAAAGUGAAAAGACUGUGAUGGAGGGGAUGGUGAAAGUCAUGGUGCCAGGCACCUCUCAGACCUGUUGAGCCCAUGCUGCAUUACUGUAAAGGUCAGAAAUGU